AUGGCCCUGCACUCUCCUCGCAAGCAUCACCAUAAUCGCUCAAAGAGCAUGCCCUCCAGGCUGCAAUUGCAGGGGCACCCAAUUCGCACAGACGAGGUGGAAAGAUUGGAGGAGUCUUGUUCUUCUUCCUCAUGUUUUGGAAGAGAUUGGCUUGGCCGAGCAUUGGAGAUGUUGCUGAAUUGCUAUUCCGAUUUGUCAAACACAAAGAUGGACAUGGGGAGCAAAUGGAUGAACGCACAUCUGGAUGACAUACUCCAUCUGCUUGAGGUGUUCAACUUGUUGAGCGACAGCAUUUCAGAAAUCAAAAAGCAGCACGCAUGUGUGCAGGUAGCCAUUCGCGGCCUCGGCCCUGCUCUCACUCCCUCUGCCUAUGCCCUUGAAAGGACACGCACCACUCUCGCUAUUUGGUUGAGUAAGAAGAAGGACACGCAGAGCCAGCUGGAGAAGUGCAUGUCCAUUUUGAGGCGAAUGGCAGAGAAGCUCAACGUUGAGAAUAAAGCAGGAGUAGCACAGGCUGUCAUCAACAUCAACCAUGCCAAGCCCAUCACCAUCUUGGUCUGCUAUACCUUUGUCACUGGUCUUUCCUUCAAGACAUCCCACAUGAGGAUGCCAUCUCUUCCUCUUCCGGCGCGUUUAACUUCUCUGCAACAAAAGCUCAAGGAGGCAUUUGAGAUGAGAAAGAGGUCGCCAUCAUCAUCAUCAUCAUCGAGGUCCCUGCACGAAUUAGAGGCAGCAGAUAUUGCACUGGGAAAUCUCAACAAUCUUCUUAACUCCAAGUCCAAAUUGCAGCUUCUGCUUCAUAUCUCUCCCUCCACGUUGGCUCUCAAUGGCUUGGAGACUGCUCUUCCCCUCCUUGAACACAAAAUCAACGAACUAUUCAAGUUUCUUAUCUCUGCCAGGGUUGAAAUCUUGAAUACACUUUCUUCUCAGUGA